CACGGGCAGGGGCACCGGGGUCGCCCCCGCCGCCGGAGACAAGGGCAUCGCCGCCGCCGCCGCCGCCGCCUUCAGCCGCUGCGCCUCACCGGGUCCUGGGAUCCUCACCAUGAAUCCCGUGUACAGCCCAGUCCAGCCCGGAGCCCCCUACGGAACCGCCAAGAGCGUGACUUACACGGGCUACCCUGCCGGCUAUCCCGCCGCCGCCCCCACCUACAACCCCAGCGUGUACCCCGCCGGCAGCCCCGGCUACGCGCCAGCCACACUGCUGAUGAAACAGGCCUGGCCUCCAACCUCGUCAUCCUCCUGUGCCCCCGAAGGCCCGUUCCACCUCCCAGUGGACACUGCGACAGAGAACAGAACGUACCAGGCUUCAUCCACCGCUUUCCGGUACACAGCGGGGACACCCUAUAAGGUGCCCCCAACGCAGAGCAGCAGCGCCGCCCCCCCCUACUCUCCGUCUCCAAGCCCGUACCAGGCGGCCAUGUACCCCAUCCGAAGUGCCUACCCACAGCAGAACCUGUACACGCAGGGAGCGUAUUACACACAGCCCGUGUAUGCGGCGCAGCCCCACGUCAUCCACCACACCACCGUGGUGCAGCCCAACAGCGUCCCGUCACCCCUCUACCCAGCCCCCGUUGCGGCCGCCAGGACAAACGGCGUGACCAUGGGCAUGGUGGCCGGGACCACCAUGGCGAUGUCAGCAGGGACGCUGCUGACCACUCCCCAGCACACGGCCAUCGGCACUCACCCUGUCUCCAUGCCUACGUACCGGACUCAGGGGACCGCGGCCUACAGCUACGUCCCCCCGCAUUGGUAGAUGCAGUGGCCAGUCCACGGCCGGAGUCAACAUUGUAUGCAACUCCUCGAGUCUCACACCGGUGCCGAGCAGCCGUUCCGUGGCACCUCGUCUGUUUGCGAGAACAAAAAGUGCAAGGGUCACUUUAUGCAUUUAGUGUUUUUGUAAAAGCCGCUUUUUCUAAUCUCACGCCUCCCCUCCCCGACUGACCCCCAUCCCCGUCCCCCCCCCCCCAUCUCCGAAGUCAUGUAACUUCCAUCUCCUCCUGAGCGCCCAGCCGACCCCGCUUCCCGCGGCCCAGCCCCGGUGCGGGAGUCCCCGUUGUCUUUGGUGUUGUGCUGUCGGAGCCUCGAUUUUCCCACAUCGGCAGGGGGAGGCCGGACGGAGGCAAGGUCUGGAAUGGUCCCCUCCCCUCCACUAAGGAAACGCCAUCUCCUCAUGGACAGCGUCAGACAAAUGAAACUCGUGUCUUCCAAAUA